UGGAAGCAUGAGAGGCCACAUAGAUUUUUUUACAAGACAUAUUUUCGCAGAAAUGCACAGAGUGAUCUGCAUGCCCACUUUAAAUCUAUGAAAUAUUUUUUUCAAAAUCAUGUAACGUAUUUUCUCCCAUAAUGCCAAGUCCUGCACCUGACUUUCACUUUCACUCUCGUCCAGAAGAAGAGCUAACGUUACAGCCUACACGGCACGGCCACCUCAUAAAAGAGGCUGGCACACUUCACUUUCAUCACCAACAGUUGACACCACCAGGCAUUCAUAACCACCAUGUCACCAUCCACUGUGGUGAUCUCGUUCGUGCUGCUGUGCGCACCAUUGGCAGCAGCCAGUCAAGCAGGUGGCCCAACUCCCACAGCCACCAAUGGCCAACCCUUUCCGUGGAACAGCAUGAGACUUCCAGAUAAUGUGCAACCACUGCACUAUGACCUUCUCAUCCACCCCAACCUGACCAGCCUAGACUUCACAGGAGAAGUGGACAUCAAGUUUGCCGUUCACGAAGACUGCAGCGCCAUCAUCCUGCACAGCAAAGACCUCCUCAUUUCUAAGGCGGCUCUGUUGAAGUCAGAUGGCAGUGCAGAUGGGCCAUUACGGGUCCUUGAGCAUCCCGCUUUCCAACAGAUUGCACUCCAGUCAGAUAAUGUCUCAUUUAAGGCCAAUCAAAUCUACACUGUCCAUCUGAAGUUUGCAGCCAACCUCUCAGAGAGCUUUCAUGGCUUCUACAAAAGUUCAUACCGCACCAGCAAGGGUGAGGUCAGGUUUGUGGCCUCAACUCAGUUUGAGGCAACUAGCGCCAGAGCCGCUUUCCCUUGUUUCGAUGAGCCUGCCUACAAGUCAAGCUAUUCCAUUCGAAUUCGACGGGAAGGUCGGCAUAUUGCUCUCUCCAACAUGCCCAAGAUAAAGACACUGGAGUUGCCAGGAGGCCUGUUUGAAGACGUGUUCGACGUGAGUGUGAAGAUGAGCACGUACCUAGUGGCAUACAUUGUGUCGGACUUCCAGUCCAUCAGCAAGACCAGUGAACACGGCAUCAAGAUUUCAGUUUACACUGUCCCUGAGAAGAUCGGCCAGGCGGAAUUUGCACUUCACGCUGCUGCUCGACUCCUUGAUUUCUAUGAUGAUUACUUUGACAUACCCUACCCUCUUCCCAAACAAGACCUUGCUGCUAUUCCUGAUUUCCAGGCAGGUGCCAUGGAAAACUGGGGUCUGACAACGUACAGGGAGACAGCCCUGCUCUUUGAUCCCGAGAAGUCUUCUGCAUCCGACAAGCUGGGCAUCACUAUGAUUAUUGCCCAUGAGUUGGCACAUCAGUGGUUUGGGAACCUGGUGACCAUGCAGUGGUGGAAUGACCUCUGGCUGAAUGAGGGAUUUGCCAAAUUUAUGGAGUUUGUGUCCGUCAACAUCACCAACCCAGAGCUCCAAGUGGAGGACUACUUCUUGGGGAAAUGUUUUGAGGCCAUGGAGGUGGACUCCCUACCCUCAUCUCACCCAGUGUCUACCCAAGUGGAAAACCCCGCUCAAAUCCAAGAGAUGUUUGAUGAUGUGUCUUAUGACAAGGGUGCUUGUAUUUUACACAUGCUGAGAGAUUUCCUCACUCCAGAGGCCUUCAAACUGGGUAUCGUUCGCUACCUGAAGCGAUACAGCUUCCAGAACACAGUCAAUCGUCAUCUCUGGGAGAGCUUGACUAAUAUCUGUGAGUCCGAUGGCAUGGAUGAGGGCAGAUUUAGAGAUGGUGGCUACUGCUCACGCGCAGGAACACGUCGGUCUGGAGCAUCUAAGUGGCAUGGGGAGGACGAGCUGGAUGUGAAGGCUGUGAUGGAGAGCUGGACCCUGCAGGAAGGAUUCCCUCUGGUCACCGUGGAGGUGAAAGGUCGAGAGGUCAGACUGAGUCAGGAGCGCUACCUGAAGAGCGACACACCCUCCCACACAUCAGAAUUUCUGUGGCAAAUCCCACUCACAUACAUCACCAGCCACUCUUCAACUGUGCAUCGUUUCCUCCUGAAGACCAAAACAGAUGUGCUGUAUCUUCCCGCUGAGGUGGAGUGGAUUAAGUUUAACGUGGACAUGAGUGGAUACUACAUAGUGCACUAUGACAACGCCAGCUGGGAUGCCAUCGUCAAGCUCCUGCAACACAACCACACCGCCCUCAGCAGCAAUGACCGCGCCAGUCUCAUCAAUAACGUGUUCCAGUUGGUCAGUGUUGGGAAGAUGUCGCUGGACAGAGCCCUGGACGUCUCCCUGUACCUCAGCAAAGAGACCGAGAUCAUGCCAGUGACCCAGGGCCUCAGCGAGCUGGUGCCCCUCUACAAGCUCAUGGAGAAGAGGGACAUGGAGGACCUGGAGAAUCAGAUGAAGGGCUACAUUGUGUGGCUCUUCCGAGACCUUAUCGAGCGGCAGGAGUGGAGCGACGAGGGGUCGGUGUCUCAGAGGAUGCUGCGCAGCUACCUGCUCCUCUUCGCCUGCGUCCGCGGCCACCCGCCCUGCGUCCACAAAGCCAGCCAGCUCUUCCAAAAGUGGAAGGAGUCAGACGGCAACAUGAGUCUUCCUAAUGAUGUCAACAUGGCUGUGUUUGCUGUGGGAGCCCGCACAGAGGAGGGGUGGGACUUCCUCAUGGAGAAAUACAAACACUGCCUGUACACGUCACUCAAGAGUCGCAUCAAGUCUGCCCUCACCAUCAGUCCACUCGCUCAUAAGCUGAAAUGGCUGAUGGAGCAGAGUCUGGAAGGGGAGGUGUUGAAGACCCAGGACUUGCCCUACGUCGUUUCAUCAGUGAGCAGGAAUCCCAAAGGCUACAAGCAUGCGUGGGAUUUCCUCCAAGUCAACUGGGAAACACUGGUGAAGAAGUUUGACCUGGGUUCACAUUCCAUCUCUCACAUGGUCAUUGGAGUGACCAGUCAGUACUCUACCAGGGCCAUGUUGGAUGAAGUGAGAGGAUUCUUCGGUUCUUUGAGUGAGGAGAAGGGUGCUGCACUGAGAUGCAUUCAGCAGGCUUAUGAAAACAUCGAAGAGAACAUGCGGUGGACAGAUAAGAACCUUCCUCUGUUGCAGGCUUGGCUGAACCAAAACGGCCCGUAAAUUAAAAUCUCAGAGUAAUAAAAAGGUUCUAUGGUCCCUCCUGUCACCUAUAAGCUGCGUCUGACUAUGCGAUGUGAAGCAUCGUCAAGUUUGUUGAAGCACUGGAUUUUGAACCUCUCUGUGAGAGUGCAAAAGAAUGUAGUUGAAUGGUUUGAUAUGGUACAUCUGUAGGCCAAAUUAAAUUUGUGUGUGACAUUUUCUGUAAAAUGAUGACUGCACUUUCCUAAUCCUAUUAUGAGCAAUCCCCAACGAAAACGUAAUUCUGAAUCAUGGCAGAAGGGCCCGUUUCCCAGACAUGGACUAAGGGUGAUCCUCACGAUCCUCACUGAUCUACAUAAAGAAUAUUGGGGCAAAAACAAUGGGACAGUCUAUCCAGUGUUAGUUAUAGAUCAGUUGGAACGCCCCUAGAGGAUCGAGGAGGCAUGUUGAGAAGCACCUUCAGUCUAAACCUGGAGUAAACUAUUUUGGUGUAUGACCAUGCCUACUCCAUAUACAGGAAACAGGCCCUACUUGUACUUCUGAUGAAGUGGUGCAGCUAUAUCAUUUCGGUUGUGUUUUGUUGUGUCAAGGUCUGCAAUCAAGAGUCAUGUUGACAGAGGGCUCUUUCCUUCUCCUUAAUGACUUUUCUCUGAGGUGGGCUUUUCAACCCAAAACACUCUCUUUGGUUUUUAUUUGUGUUGAAUAGAUGUUUUGUUUUAGAUUUAAACAACAGCGUGUUGCUUUUAAAGCUUUGCUACUAGCCCACCAAUCUCAAGCUUUUCAUAAAUUGUGUUCACAUAACAUGUUUGCUUCUCAUUAAAAUGAGCUCCAAGACGCCCAAAGGGUA